UAGUGGGUAGGUUGUGUGUCACGAGGGUUUGCAUUCUGGAUGGAGGAUGUUUAUUUUUGGUUGGGUGCAACUGUUUAGAAAACUGCUCUGCUGAUGUUUGGGGAAAUGCAAAACAGUUGAAUUAAUUGUAGAAACUAGUAUCUAGGAUAACAUGUUUCAGUGUCUUUCCCUAUUUGUGGGUUUGUCAUGUGAAAUGGAUGCUGCUGCUGCUGGCAUGUUUUUACAAUAGAAAUGUAAAUGAUACUCUGCUGUUUCCUUAGAUUUCACGUAGAACUGUAAACCUUACAAUGGCCUGGAUGUAGUAGCUGGAACUGCUAUUCAGAGCAACAACUAUUUCUCAUUUCCUUUUUAUAUGUGGUUACCGACUGGAAAUUGACCAAAACUAUUUGUGUACUUAUUAAUAUAUUCAGAUUUGUGUUGUCCUACAUAUGCUUGACUAUUGUGCAAAUUGAAAGCUUGCAUUGAUAGAGGAAGUUGUGUGGCUGACGCUGCAAAAAUAACAUAUAUUUGUUGACAACAUCGCUUAAUGCAAUCUAAUACAAUUUACCAGUAAAUCCCAUUAACACAUGAUAAUAAAUGUUACCUUUGUGAGGAUACAACUUUUUUCAGACGUUGUCAAGAGAAGCAUUAAUAAUAGUAAUUGUUCAUUUUUAGGUAUUUUUUUAAUUUGAAUUUGAAGACCACUGCGAGAACUCUGCCCUUUCUUGGCUUUGUAUGUAAGACAACUUUCCUGUUGAUUUUCUUCAUUCUCAAUUUUUUUCCCCCACUGUCUCUCUCUGUUCUCUACCAUUGUAAAUGUCUUGUCUUUGUUUGUACAUUGCAAACAUCACAUCAUUGUGCCCAAUUCAGUCUGGUUCUCAGUCCUCUGUGAAUCAGGAGGCUGUAGAUGCUUCAUUUGUAGCUGGUUUCCCAGAAACUUCCCCAUGUAUAAAUCCCAACAUUGGCUCAGAGGAUACUACUCUACCCUCUAGCUGCUCUACUCCCUCCUGUACCCCUAUUCCAUUCGAACUUCAUAUAGAUGAAGAUGGUUGUUCAACCUCUAAAUCUUCAGCUGGUUCCACUGUAGUCAUAUCAUCGUCCAAUAGCCUUCAGUACUCAGAGAUCCAACAGAUAGGUAAUGGUGACAGUGUCACCUCUGAUGUCUCUUAUAUGGAGAACCUGAGUAUCUGUAGCACAACAAAUAAUGCUAGUGAAGCGAGGAUCAACAGCCCUGUACAAAUGUUUACAACUAACUCCAGCAAACUCUCAAGUUCACUUGAAAAGAGCUUUAGCCCAGAUACUGUUUGCAAAAGUUCCAGUCCAGUACUGGCUGCAAGGAGCUUCAGUCCAGUAGUUAUUUCUAACAGCCCUAGUCCUGUUAGUUGGUCCAAAAACUCCAGUCCCAUCCUGACAGCCAAGAGUCCUAGUCCACCGGAUCUUAAAUGCUCCAGUCCUAGUCAGUUGUACAAGAACACAAGCCCAAACCCUAAAAGUUACAGUCCAGUCCCAGUAACAAGGAUUUUAAGUCCAGUUCCUAAAUGUGCAAGUCCAGUGACAGUCUGUAAUUUCUCCAGUCCUAUAACUAUCACAAAGAGUGCUAGUCCAGAAACAGUUCCCAAUAGUGCAAGUCCAUUGUCAAUUCCAAGACUUUCAAGUCCAGUUCCGAAGAUUUCAAGUCCUGUGACUGUCCCUAAUAUCUCUAGUGUACCCAAGACUUCUAGUCCUGAAACAAUGAAUGCUUCCCUGGUAACAGUUCCAAAAAGUCCUGUUCCAGUUAUCAGAACAAAUUACACAGCUACAGAUACCAACAGUCCCAGAGCUUCACCAGUUCCUCUUGCUGCUGUACCAUCAAAUAAGCUGUUUGCCCCUCCAACAGAAAAGCAGGGAGGUGAAACAUCGGGUUUAUCAUGGCCAUGUCGGGAGCCUUUGUUGGAUGAGGCUUUAGACCAACUCUUAGCCCCAAACUCCACCCAGUUUAGUUUGAACCAGCCACCUGCUUCCUUUAUGCCCGGAGAUGAAGACAGAUCUUGGGAAGAGGAAGAGGGAAUUUACACUGAUUACAGCCGAGAGGGAACCCUCACACCCAUGACUGAGUCCAGCUGGAUGGAUGAGUGCCCCACCCCCUCCACCUGCCCCGGGACACCAGAUGCAACGCUGGAGCUUCCGACACAGCAGCCCUCUGCAGUCGAGCGACUAUCUGCUUCUGGCCAAGUAGGACGCUCGACUCGAUUCUCCCAAAAUAAGCUGCUGGCAAUAAGCUUUAGAGGCUUUAGCUCCCCAUGUGGUCUUUCUAUUAUUUGGUCCUGUGGCCUGAGAUUUUAAUUAACUGUGACAAUAAUGGUGGAAUGGCUGUGUUAGAUUAUUCAAGCAGCUUGAUCUCAUGGUUGCCAAAAUAAGCUUAUUUUGGGAGAGCAGCUCCUGCUAUAACUCAAUGAGCUGUGCAAAGUUACCAAAAUUGAUGAAGUUUCUUGUUGAAGAGACAUUUCCCUCAUCUAUGUGGCGUGAUGCAUGCGGAAUCAUUGCAUAGCAAUUACAAGUUGGCUCGAGGGAUACAUCUCCCUGUAGCUAAUGUUUGUGGCUGAUGUCGAAAGCUUUGCUGAAAGGAUUUUUUUGCACGUCCCUACUCGCUUCGAUCGACAUUGCUGUGCUAGUCACAGGGCCUGGCCUGUCAUGUUUGUGCAACAAAUGGAUGAUGCAAAAGUAAAUACUUUUUAUCACUGAUGGUGCCAAUACAAAGAAAGUAUGGUGAAUAUUUUUCUCUUUUGCUAAUGCAGAUAUGCCCCAGAACAUGCAUAUGUAAUCCAAAAACUUUGUCAUCUUUGGCCUUGCUUUGGUUUGUGCAGGUUUUGUGAUAGACCCAUGUUGCCUUGCCCUCAGCUAUCCAGCAUGGCGUGCCAAAGAUACCGAGUAGUUUUAAGUAGACUUGGCAUUAGAGAAUGAAUUUGAGUGGAAUGGAAGGCUGUGCUUUGCUUCUGCAGGCAAAUUUCAUUGGAUACACAGGUGCCUGACAAAACCUCCAGAACAUUUCGGCGAAAGUCUGUUCUAAAGCCACUGCUUGAGCAUUUUUGCCACCUGAAUGAGACCUCCUGGGUUGGGCCUGUCCUGCUUGUGUUUGUGAGCCAACAUGGACCUAAAUUGCACGACCACACCUCCUUUAUAUCAUCUAUUCUCCAGCUCAAGUCCGUUAUCCGGCGCACCAAAGAGACCUCCAAUGUGCAUCCAAUGUUCAGGGAGGCGCUAUUGCGGCGUAAAAUGGGCCCGGUCAUUGUGAACAAGAGCAACUCGCAAGACCGACUCAUUGAGGAACUGCAGGGGAAACUGGGGUGUGGGAAAGUGGAGCGCAAGCGUAAAAAACAGCCGGAUGAUUGGAUGACAGAGGGAGUCAUCGUCAUGUCCAACCCACAGCGAACACGAGAAGAAAGGGGCCAGCCAUCUGUGGAUAAGAUCAUCAUACCUCCAGAAUCACCUGCCCCCCAGAGAAAAGUUCUCCCCCCUCCGCAAUCUCCCCCUGCGCCCAAAAAGUUACCACCAGUCAAGCAGACCCCUCCACCACUUCCUCCUCCCCCUCCAACCCCUCCCCCUCCGCGAGAUCCCACUCCUCCUCCCCCUCCACGAGAUCCCACUCCUCCUCCCCCUCCACGAGAUCCCACUCCUCCUCCCCCCAAGGAGCCUACUCCUCCCCCGAAGGAGCCCACUCCUCCCCCCAGGGUGCCCACGCCUCCCCCUGUCCAGCCCCCUCCAUCACCUAGCCCCCCUCCCAAGCCUGUCACACCACCACCACCUCCCAAGGUCUUUGUAUCAGUGGGUUGUCAGACCGAGUAUGACCCUAUCUUUCCACCAAUGCAGGCACGGAUCACAUUUCUUCUUCUUUCUCUUUUCUGAACUUUUUCUAAACUUGGAAGUUUUCUCACUCAGACAUCUUGUAUGACAAUUAGUUCAAAACUCCAGUUGCAGUUCUAUUUAUGUGAACUAAAUAACUCCCCAGCUCAUUGGCUGAGUUUCUGACCCUUGGUGUCCAUUCAUGCCGACAGGUAGCUUCUGUAAAGCUUUGUUUGAAAUCCGCUCAGUCCAGGUUAUGAGAGGUGCUGACAUUUAGAGGAGACUUAGAUACUUUUUAUUUCUGACAUCUGACGGCGCCAAUGGCCGUGUGUUCAGAGUCCAUAGGAGGUUUUAAGAGCUUAAAGGCGAGAAGAGUGUAACCCCUGUUCCUGUUACACUAACGGUCCAGCCGUGCACAGGAAUGGUUGACUCGCAGUGCAACUGAAACCUAAUCUACCACAUGACAGCACAGUUACCAACACAAUUAUAGCCGCUCCCACAAGGACUUCCGUCAACAGGUCCCCCUUGCAUGUUGAAGUUGAAGGCCAUGUACCAUCCCCGCUUUUAGAAUCCAUAGUGUCUUUUCUUGUGGUGGUUCUGUUGUUGACUUGUAGAGCAGGCGAUUGAUAUGAUUGAGUAUAAUUACCUCCAUGUUGAGGGCUCAGUGAGGUGUGUGUGUGUGUGUGUGUGUGUGUGUGUGUGUGUGUGUGUGUGUGUGUGUGUGUGUGUGUGUGUGUGUGUGUGUGUGUGUGUGUGUGUGUGUGUGUGUGUGUGUGUGUGUGUGUGUGUGUGUGUGUGUGUGUGUGUGUGUGUGUGUGUGUGUGUGUGUGUGUGUGUGUGUGUGUGUGUGUGUGUGUGUGAGAAUACGUGGAGCAGAGGUGCUAUUUUCUCCCUCAGUGAAAUGUCAGACUCAUGAAGCUCCAAUAACCACACCAUCGGAGAAGGUCUGUUUGCUUACAUUGCAGUAGUCGGACACACAUUCACACACACCAUUUUGAUAUAGAGUCAUCAUCAAAGCCUGCAAACAUGGAUUAGGAUUGAUGAGAACAUAGUUGGUCUUGGUUCAUAUGUCUAUGGUUUAUUUUAGUAUUUUUCUAUCCGUCAUCGAGAAAGAGGAGACAGCUAACUCCCAUCUAGAUUGUUCACUUGUUUAAAACCAGAAAUCCAGCUUACCAUUGUAAUGAACAAUUAAAAAGGCAGAAAUCAUUAUAUUGGGUUUAUAAAAUGAUGUAAUGAUAAACAAGGUAAGUCAAAAAAUGUAUCAUCCAAAGAAUAUCAACGGCAUACUGAAGCCACUUUGGUCUUUUAU